UGAAAAAUUUCUGAGUGAAGGUACUAAGAAAAGCACUAGACUUGGAAAAAGGACAGGCCACCUCUCUCUCUCAAAGUUUACCGCACCCUUAAGCUUCUCUCUUUCUUUCUCCCUAGAUUUUGGUGAAUCAGUAGAGGGAGAGAGGGAGAGAGAAUCAGAGUGAAAGCCAACCCAGUUUUGUUUUUCACAAUCUUGAACUAAAUUUGCGGCCUUUUUUCGUUUAGAUCACUGUAAAGAGAAAAUGGGUGUUGCCAAUCAAGAGGCUAUCAAGCAGUUUCGGUUGUUAAUGGAAGAAGUUGACGAGCCACUGAAGAAUACAUUUGAGAAUGUGCACCAAGGGUAUCCAAAUGAGACAUUAAUGCGUUUUCUUAAAGCUCGGGACAUGAAUGUUGGAAAAGCCCAUAAAAUGUUGCUUGAUUGUUUACAAUGGAGGAUGGACAGCGAAAUUGACAAUAUAUUGGCGAAACCAAUCAUCCCAACUGAUUUGUACAGAGCAGUGCGAGAUUCUCAGCUUGUGGGGUUGUCAGGUUACUCAAAAGAGGGUCAUCCUGUCAUUGCUGUUGGUGUCGGGCAAAGCACAUUUGACAAAGCUUCUGUAAAUUACUAUGUCCAGUCUCACAUCCAAAUGAAUGAGUACAGAGAUCGUGUGGUGUUGCCUUCUGCAACAAAGAAGUAUGGACAAUAUAUUGGGACGUGUGUGAAGGUUUUGGAUAUGACUGGUUUAAGGCUCUCAGCACUUAACCAGAUAAAGCUAUUGACUGUUAUCUCUACAAUAGAUGACUUAAACUAUCCAGAGAAGACGGAUACAUACUAUAUUGUCAAUGUCCCAUACAUAUUUUCGGCAUGUUGGAAGGUGGUAAAGCCUCUUUUGCAAGAAAGAACAAGGAAGAAAAUCCAGGUUCUUCAAGGUUGUGGCAGAGACGAAUUACUGAAAAUCAUGGAUUAUGCAUCCCUCCCACAUUUUUGUAGAAAAGAGGGAUCCGGGUCAUCUCGGCAUUCUGACAACGGACGCACUAACAAUUGUUUCUCCUUGGACCAUCCAUUCCAUCAAGAGCUCUACAAUUUCGUCAAGCAACAAGCCGUCUUGAGGGAGUCCAUUGCACCAAUCAAGCAGGGAUCCUUCCAUGUUAAUUUCCCGGAAGCUGCCCCAGAAGGCGCCGAGAUUGCAAGGAAAAUAGAAUCUGAGUUCCACAAGUUCGGAAAUCAAAAUCAAAAUGGUCUCACCAAGUCACUAAGUGGCCUAAGAGUUCAUGGUGCCUGAAAAUUUUAUAGCAAUUUAUUAGCAUCUGAUCCUUCUACAUGCCAAUGUACCCGACACUCUUCCAUUGCCAUGAUGCAGGAAUGAAUGUUCUGAAAUUAAUUUCUAUGUAUUAGUGUAAUCCUUGCAUCAGCUCGAUGCAGGUUUUUUAUUACAAGUUAAUAGAUUGUAUGACGGUUUUUGUAGAACUUUGCAAAGCCGAUUAAAACCCGAGUUUUAGUAGUAGAUCCUAUGACGGGUUACGAAAA